AGAGUUGUUCAACCGGCUGACGGAGGCGAACAGAGCGGCUUCUCACAGUCCACAACACCAACAGCUAGCGAGACGGUCCGACCUCCCAGCUCCGUGCGGAGAGCUCCAGUGUUGGUGGCCGACAGCAGCUUGGCGUAAAGUACCAGACAGCCCGGGGGAUAACCUCCACCGGAGGGGCUAGCCGAGCUAACGUCACCGUCACAGUUCACUGCUAGCUCAUGUUAGCAGAUUGUGACAGUUUCUGCUGUGUCUCUUACCAAGGUAACAACAUGCUGCAGUGAGUGAUGCUCCGAGUGUUGUUAUUAGUAAUGGCGAUCUGGGGGACUCAAGGAUGCUCCGAUUCAGAGAGCUGCUCAACGCCACCUCCCACUUCAAACAACAGCGACUACUAUUACUGUUACUCCGCUCGGAUUCGCAGCACCGUACUCCAGGGCCUGCCUUUUGGCGGGGUACCCACAGUUCUCGCCCUGGACUUUAUGUGCUUUCUGGGGCUGCUGGUCGCAUUCUCCGUCUUGAGGAAAGUAGCUUGGGACUAUGGGCGCCUCGCUCUGGUGACCGAUGCAGACAGCUUGGAUUUCUUCUGUGUGAGUGCACUGCGUGAGCCACACAGACAGGAUGCUUACAGGGAGAGCGUGGCUUCUGCCAUGACGUCAGAAACACCUGAACGCUAUGAGCGCCUCACCUCGGUUUCCAGCUCUGUGGACUUUGAGACGAGAGACACGGGCUUCUGCUCCUGGCUAACGGCCAUCUUCCGGAUUAAAGACGAGGAGAUCAGGGAUAAGUGUGGCGAGGACGCUGUGCACUACUUGUCCUUUCAGAGACACAUCAUCGGCCUGCUGGUAGUGGUGGGCGUGCUCUCUGUGGGAAUCAUCUUACCUGUUAACUUCUCGGGAAACCUACUUGAAAACAAUGCUUACAGUUUCGGGCGAACCACUAUAGCAAAUCUUGAUACAGAUAAUACACUACUGUGGCUGCACACCACUUUUGCAUUUCUCUACCUGUUACUGACGGUGUACAGCAUGAGGCGGCACACGUCCAAAAUGCACUACAGAGAGGACGACUUGGUGAAACGCACUUUAUUUAUUAAUGGAAUCUCAAAGUACGCAGAAGAGAACGACAUCCGGCAACACUUCGAACAAGCAUAUGACAACUGCACUGUGCUGGAGGCUCGUAUCUGUUACAAUGUGGCCCGACUGAUGUCUCUGAACUCUGAGAGGAAGAAAGCCGAACGCAACAAGAGAUUCUUCCUGGACCUGAAGGACAAGGAGCACGUUACCACCAUGAUCAACCCCAAACCCUGUGGACACCUCUGCUGUUGUAUCAUCAAAGGCUGUGAGCAGGAGGAAGCAGUGAGCUAUUACACCAAACUAGAGUCACGCUUGAAAGAUGACUACCGAAAAGAGAGGGAAAAAGUUAACGGGAAGCCUUUAGGAAUGGCCUUUGUCACCUUUCAGAAUGAGGCUAUGACUGCCAUAAUUCUGAAGGACUUUAAUGCCUGCAAGUGUCAGGGCUGUCACUGCCGCCGUGAGCCCAGGAUCUCUCAGUUCAGCUCCAAGCUGCACACACACGACUGGACCGUCAGCUAUGCUCCUCACCCACAAAACGUGUACUGGGAGCAUCUGUCGGUGGGAGGAGUCUCCUGGUGGAUCCGCUGCUUUGUCAUCAACGUUGUCCUCUUCCUCCUCCUCUUCUUCCUCACCACCCCAGCCAUCAUCAUCUCCACCAUGGACAAGUUCAAUGUGACCAAACCAGUGGAGUAUUUAAAUAAUCCAAUCAUCACCCAGUUCUUCCCCACCCUCCUGCUGUGGUCCUUCUCCGCAUUACUUCCCACUAUUGUUUACUACUCGGCCUUCUUCGAGGCCCACUGGACAAGGUCAGGAGAGAACAGGACCACGAUGCACAAAUGCUACACUUUCCUGAUCUUCAUGGUCCUCUUGCUGCCCUCUCUCGGACUCAGCAGUUUGGAUGUUUUCUUCCGGUGGGUUUUUGAUAGAAGAUUUCUGGCCGACGCUAAAGUGAGAUUUGAAUGUGUCUUCCUCCCGGACAACGGAGCCUUCUUUGUGAACUACGUCAUUGCGUCUGCAUUUAUCGGUAAUGCCAUGGACCUGCUGAGGAUUCCCGGUUUACUCAUGUACAUGAUCCGCCUCUGCCUGGCGCGCUCCGCAGCUGAGCGAAGGAAUGUCAAACGGCAUCAGGCCUAUGAGUUCCAGUUCGGGGCGGCCUACGCCUGGAUGAUGUGCGUCUUCACAGUGGUUAUGACCUACAGCAUCACCUGCCCCAUCAUCGUCCCUUUCGGGCUCAUGUACAUGCUGCUGAAACACCUGGCAGACAGAUACAACAUGUACUACGCCUACCUGCCAUCCAAACUGGACAAGAAGAUCCAUUCCGGAGCGGUCAACCAAGUGGUGGCUGCCCCUAUCCUCUGUCUCUUCUGGCUUCUGUUUUUCUCUACUGUCCGCUCUGGGUUUUCAGCCGCCACAUCCAUGUUUACAUUUGUGGUAUUGGUAAUCACAAUCAUUAUUUGCCUUUCCCACGUCUGCUUCGGACACUUCAAAUAUCUCAGCGCUCACAACUACAAGAUUGACACUCAGGAGGUGGACGGGUUGGAGAAUGGACGUCCGGUGUGCGCUCCAGCUGCCAACAAAGCAGCGCAAAUGUACAUUGCUCAGGUACUUCAGGACCCAAAUUCAGAGGAGGGCGGUUCUGGGAGCGGCGAGGACGACGGCCAGGGGUCCUCGCAGGACGAGGAAAUAAUCAAUGUUGAGAAUGGCCUGAACGAGGACUUCCAGUCUGGUGAAGACAGCCUAAUUGAAAAUGAAGUGCGGCACUGAUACUGUCUGGAACACAACAACAAGUUUAACUUGUGGAGUGCACUGAGUCAUGUGAAUUAUUCGAAGAACUGGACAAGAAGUUCUCCAAAGCAUCUCAACCUCCAUCGAGGGACUUUACACUAACAGAAGCACACCGUCGACUAAGGAUUAAAUGGAUCAUCGCUCAAGAACUUUUGCAUUUUCUUCAUCCGUUCUCACCAAACUUCUGUGUAACUGCAGAGGGACCCUACUGUGACAAUGCGAGGGCACCGACACCCCUCUAAGCCCCAUUAAAGCCGAGGCGCUCCCAUGGACCAGUGAAAGAGGACACCAUUGCACAAAUGAAGAAUUUAUUUGCCUUGUCUUGUGAGGGGAGUGAUGUCCUGUCUGUACUUUCUAAACACGAUUGCACUUCAACAGGAGGAUCUGCAAACUUCAGUUUCACUAAGGUACUGCAGUAUGGACCGCAGGUUCAAAGGAUGGAGGCAUUUUCCCCAUAAUCCUUUGCCAGCCACACUAACUGUCUGCACUAGACGCCCCCCCUUAGUAAGCAGUUUAUAGCGAGGAGAGCUACAAAAGGCUUUCCAUGCCAGCAGACAGGUGGUCUGGGAUGGUUUUUCCAAUUCCAUAGAAGCCUUUUAAAAAUAUAAAUGGGGAAAAUCAAUACUAACACUCCUGGAAACUUAAACACUGUACAGCUGCAGAACUGUAAAA